GUCACGGUGGAGCUCAAGAAUGACAUUUCGAUCCGUGGAACCCUGAAGAGCGUCGACCAAUACCUCAACAUCAAGCUCGACGACAUUACUGUUCUGGAUGACCUCAAGUACCCUCACAUGAGCUCGGUCAAGAAUGUCUUCAUCAGAGGAAGCGUUGUGAGAUAUGUCCACCUCCCCGCCGCAUCCGUCGACACGCCCUUGCUGGAAGAUGCCACCAGAAGAGGUACGAGAUUACAGAAUACUCAGUAUGCUGCACAGUUC